AUGUCCAACAGCAGCUCCAUCACCCAGUUCCUCCUCCUGGCAUUCGCAGACACACGGGAGCUGCAGCUCUUGCACUUCUGGCUCUUCCUGGGCAUCUACCUGGCUGCCCUCCUGGGCAACGGCCUCAUCAUUACUACCAUCAUCUGCGACCACCACCUCCACACCCCCAUGUACUUCUUUCUCUUCAGCCUCUCACUCCUCGACCUGGGCUCCCUCUCCACCAUUGUUCCCAAAUCCAUGGCAAAUUCUCUCUGGGACAUCAGGACCAUCUCCUAUGCAGGAUGUGCUUCUCAAGUCUUUCUCUUCCUGUUUUUCAUAUCAGCAGAAUAUUUUCUUCUCACCGUUAUGUCCUAUGACCGCUAUGUUGCCAUCUGCAAACCCCUGCACUACGGGACCCUCCUGGGCAGCAGAGCUUGUGUCCACAUGGCAGCAGCUGCCUGGGGCGCUGCGUUUCUCACUGCUCUGCUGCACACGGCCAAUACAUUUUCUCUGCCCCUCUGCCAGGGCAAUGCUGUGGAACAGUUCUUCUGUGAAACCCCCCAGAUCCUCAAGCUCUCCUGCUCACACUCUUACAUGAGGGAAGUUGGGCUUGUUGGUAUUAUUGCCUGUUUAUUUUUUGUCUGUUUUAUUUUCAUUGUGGUGUCCUAUGUGCAGAUCUUCAGGAUUGUGCUGAGAAUCCCCUCUGAACAGGGACGGCAGAAAGUGUUUUCCACGUGCCUCCCUCACCUGGCCGUGGUCUCCCUGUUUGUCAGCAAUGGAGUAUUUGCCUACCUGAAGCCUUCCUCUGUCUCCGCUCCAUCUCUGGACCUCGUGGUGGCAGUUCUGUACUCAGUGGUCCCUCCAGCAAUGAAUCCUGUCAUCUACAGCUUGAGGAACAAGGACCUCAAGGAUGCAGUAUGGAAACUGAUAUCAGGAUAA